UUACAGGAAGUAAGUUUGCAUGUAUGCCCGUUAAUGUUGACAGCGGAGGAGACUUUGUGUUUUGCUCAUACUACUGGAGGUAGUUAGGCGUUAAUAUUUCGCUGAUAUCUUUUUUUAAUUUAUUUAUUGAUGUUAUAUGUCUUACUCCAUUAGGGCCAUUUGACGAUAACGUUAUCGCAAUACAUUUGAGUCAUGUGGUCGCUUGUUUUCACCUUGGUUAUUUAGUGGAGCAAUGUAUGAUAGUUUUAUAAAAUCGCAUUGUUGUUAGCUGUCAAAGCUUACACAGCUACCUAAAGAGGCUAGGUUAAGGUAGUAGCCGUGAAAGACACGCCUAUGCUGAUUCGGAUACAGAUGAAAUUAGGAUGGACCGAAGGCCUGUAGCUUAUGAUGAGGAACAAAGUGGACCUUCUCACGAUAUCUCUGGUCCAGAGAUGCGAAGUCCUCUCGAAAGUGGCUGUGCGUUUCAAGCAGAUGUUGACACCUGUCCUUCUCCCGAGGCCAGUGGCUUGUUGUCAUUGCCGUGGGAGAUGGUGACCCAUAUUGCCUCACACCUUCCUGCUCACUGUGUUAUCUCUGUGCUGCCAAAUGUCUGUUCAGCUUUGCGUAAUGUCUGCAAGGACAGCACUGCCUGGCAGCUUCGGGCUCACAGACUCGUUGGCUCAAAAGCUAGCUUUCCUGUGGGCCUGAGGGAAGACUUUGACUGGCCCAAUGCUUGCUUGGAGAUGGAGCAACUGAUUACCUGCUGGUCCGGCAUGGCACAGCAUGUUGAUGAACACCAGAGGCAGCAACAACGGAUAGAGGCACGCGGAGAGAUGGAGCCUGAGAGAGAUGCAUAUGGUGCUGAUGAACGAUUGGUUGGUGAACUUGUUGAAGAACCGGAGCAGAGAUUGGGAGAAAAUCCAGAAGAAGAUGGAUUACUUGAACAGAAUGGUGCUCUUGAUAAUCAGGAUAAUGGCAGCCAUGUAGUAAGAGAACAGCAUCAACCACCAAAACAUCACAGCCCAACCCGAGCACUUGAGCGCCUCACCCUGAAUUCAGGCCACAUUGCCCAGGUCAACUCAGUCCUCCUGGUGGGUGGUGACGGAACUCUCUGUGCCACAGGCUCCAGAGAUCGAAACGUUAAUAUUUGGAAACUGCAGGCAGACGCAAGCAGUAUGCUUCUGCACACGCUGCUAGGCUGCCACAAAUUCAGCACCCACCAGGGAUGGGUGUGGUGUCUGGCAUCCCAGGGACCCCUGCUGGCCUCGGGAGGCUUAGACAGUACGGUGAGGCUUUGGGACCUGCAGGCCUCUGGAGCAGAGAAGGGGAUGAUCAACGCUGGGGGUGCUGUGCUCUGCUUGACCUGUCUGCCCGAUGUUCUGCUGGCUGGAACAUUUGAUGAAAGGAUCAGCAUAUACGACCCGAGAGCUGCUUUUUCUUGCUUGAAAAGCCUCCGUCUCCAUACGAGUGCAGUCAUGUGUCUGGCGGCUGACGACAAAUACAUGAUCUCUGCGAGUAAAGAUUGCACAGUGGCUGUCUACGACCGCCGGGCUGACAAAUUCCUAAAUAAAGUUCGGCUGAGCUCUUACCUGCGGUCCAUGAGCUACAGUGACAAUGAGGUGUGGGGUGGAGACCACAAAGGCUUGCUCCACUCCUUCUCCUUGCAGGAAGGUGUCUUAAAAUCCAUGGCGCACUUUGAUGUGGGGCACACAGCUAUGGUGACCGGCAUUCAUAAGUCACCUGGAAGUCUCUACACAUGUUCCUCUGAUUGUACCGUCAAGGUGCACAUCCCUUGUGGGCCUCCAAAGACAUUAUGCACACUGCGUCACCAAGCUGGAGCCUCAGGGCUGAGUGUGGAGGCCGGAAUCCUUGCUGUUGCCUCCGGUGAUAUGGGCGUGGAAAUUUGGAGGCCCAGAGAGACAUGAAAUCGAAGUUGCCAAACCUUCCAGUACCACAACUGUGGUUUUUCACAUAUGAAAACAACUUAUAUUGACAGUUUUAUUUAAAAUAACAAAAGAGGUCAGUCUGGUAUUGAAAGAGAUUACAGUAUAGUGGCAUUUAUGGUAAUGACUCUUGGAACACAAUUUUCUCAAUCAACCAUUCUGCCUUUAUAAUGCCCCUUUAAUAAUAAAAAUACUGUAUAAUAUAAGUGAUGCACAUGUGUCCAGUACAAUGUAAUAAAAGCCAUGAGAAGACUCGGUUAUUCUGCACUUUGAAAGAUGAUGUUCAAUUUGUUGUGGCCUUUGUUAGCGCCACAUCUGUUACACAAGGUAAUACAAAUAUUAGAAACAUCUCAUCUUAUGUUAAUUAAUUCACAGCUCUUGCUGUUUUUUUUUUUAUAACACUGUGCAAGUGUACUUAUGUGCUUUAUGUAUUUAACAUUGAUUUUGCCAGUCUUCUCUUAGAUGAAAACACUCGUGCUUUUUUUUUACAUGACAGCAUGGCAGUUGUUAUGGCAAU